AUGAUGUCGGAAUCAAACUUUACUCGGACAAUAAUAACACUCUGUAGACAGUCGCUCAGCGGAGAUAAACUGUCAAUAAAAUCGGCAGAUGAUCAGAUGUCACUCCUAGUCAAAUCUGAUUCUUCAGAAACAGAUCUUAAGAUAUUACUAAUAUUUAAGAUCAUUUUGGCACCGCAAGCUAUAUCUUCAAUUGAGAAUACACUUACAGAUGAUGAAUUGUCAGGGCUCAAGUACGCAACUGCUGAUGUCCAGCUUUGGUCCUCAAUAUUUAUAAAAAACUACAUCAAAGCGAAUUUUGACACCUCAGAAUCGUUUGGAGGAGUGAGCGAUUCUAUCAAGAAUAUAAUCAAGUCGUUCCUGAUAAUCUCAACACUUAACAGUGAAUCACUGGGCAUACCAAAGCCAGUGGCAUCGCAACUAGAAAGUGCACUGUUCUUGAUUUCAGAACGUUACUUCCCAGAAUCAUUGGAACAAGUACUCCUAUUCAUAGACUACUGCCAUUUGAGUGAUGUAAACCACUUAGUGCUACUGGAAACGUUGUCAAGUAGGCUGCAAAAUGAGCUCAACUCGAGAAGUAACAAGAACAUACUAACACCAAAUACAGGGCUCUCGAGCUCAUUGAACCACCCGCUGACAGACUCACAGUCAAAUUUGGAAAUAAACUACGCACAGUACCUGCUAGGACAUUUGAAAAAUUAUUCUAACAUACUCCAGUCAAUCUUUUCAUACAACAAGAUUCUAACGACAAACAAUGUAGCAGAUAUCAGCAGAUCUUAUUUUGAGUUUUUUAACAGACUAGUUGAAGGAGUGAAGAAUAUGUGUAACUUGUGCAAGGGAGUUGGACUAAAGGAUUUAGAAAUGAGCAAAUUCAUACAAUCAACAUCGUUUUUGUUUACACAAAGCACACUAACAACACAUACAACAAACCCUUUAACGAAAACAAACGAUGUUAGCUGUAGCCCAGGUGAUUCAUUAUUCUACUUCGACGAUCGUAAACAAUUCACUGACAUAAAUUUGUUCCAGCACGGAAUAAACCUGCCAGAACUGGGAUCAAACCAACACAAUGUGCAUCUUCUAAUAUCGCCAUCACUGUUCUUGAAUGAAAUGUCGUAUAACAAGAGUUACUUCAAGAACAAAUUAUCUUCAUUCAGACUAUUCACAAAGUUCAUGAAAAAGUAUAAAACGAGACAGUACGAUGAGGACACUCUUACGGAACUUAAGAUAGUAUUAACACUUUCAGAUACACACCUCCUGUAUCUAUUCAAGUAUUCAAUGCUCAAGUUCACAGAGUACUACACAUUCUACACGUCACAGAAAAACACGUUCUCAUUUAACUGCUUGGUGCCAGCUAUCCUUGACGUAUUUGAGUUCAUCAGGCACGUUACAAAGAUAUUCUGCUACGUCCACUCGAUAGACCUGCCAGAGUGUUUCGAAGAUAACGCUCAGCUGUACUUCAGCGGACUAAUCAACCUCAUCCACUUCAACGAUCAGUUUAUAACAGAAAAGGAUAGUCUAGGAACUUUGAUGAGCCUUAAAGUGACGAUAAUGAAGCUAUUUAGGUAUUACGCGGAAAGAUACCAGGAGGUUUUUCACCCGUUUGUGUUCACAUGUAUCGAAGACGUAGUUAAGUUGUGCAGAGGGAUCCAUCAAGAUUCAAGCUACGACAAACUGUGUUGCUCAGCGCUUGACUUUUUGUCAUCCUGCUCAUCAACACAUUGGUGCGCGUCACACCAAGGCUCUGCUAGAAACAACCCUUUUAUGAAUAACUCCUUUCUAGCAGAAAUCAUACAGAACAUCAUAGUCCCGAACAUAGGAUUCAGAGAGUGUGACUUGAUUCUCCUAGAUGACUGCCCGAUAGAGUUUGUGCAGAGGGAAUUGGACUCAAACAACUGCUCAAGCAGGCGUUUCUCAUCGAUAACGUUCCUAAAGAAGUUGGUUUCAGGAUACGGACAAGUUUGCCAACAAAUUAUAAACCAGGUGGCUAAAUCAGUGGCUUCGAACAAUGACUAUAAGUUGAAGGAACUAUACCUCCAGCUCAUCAUUUGCAUUAACUUUAAGGACUCAUCUGGAGACUUCAAUGUUAUAACGUAUUUCACUGAUUAUUUGAAGAAUGAAUUCGUUAUGCUCUCACAGAAUCAGCUAACCAGAGAAAAAAUGCUCAUCAUUCUGGCAAUAAUCAAGUACAUCUACACAUUUAAGAAUCUGUUACCGGAGUCUGAACUAGCAAGUAUUGUACCAUACCUCGUUUUAUAUUUGAGAAACUCGCACGAAGCAGUUCGUUGCUUCGCAUCCGAAGCACUAUACAGACUCUUGGGGAAAUUAAGACUCCAUAAAGAUACACUAAAAACAUGUUUGCUUCAGGGAUUGGAACAUUUGUUGACGAUGAUGCGUAGUUGUGGAAGAGCGGGGAAUGAGUUUUAUGCAAAGUGUACAAUGAGAAUAUUGAUAUAUUUGAGGGAAGAUAUUAGAGAAAGCGGAAUGGUGAUGAUCGAUAUAGUGAUAAACAUGAUAAAGUCAGUUUCAGAUAACCCAGUGAACCCAUCAUACAACCACCUGUUAUUUGAGUGUCUGUGCAUACUAUUGAGGAUUCAUCUGCAAACGCAGGUUUACAGCGUUACAACAACGUUGGAGAAGAUUGAGGAGGCAUUGAUACCCACACUAGGGUUGAUCAUUCAGCAGGAAAUGCACCCAUUCAUUCCCUACAGUUUACAGGUCUUGAGUAUAAUGUUAAAGUAUGCAAGUAAGCCGUCGACGACAUACGUACAGCUUCUAAACCAUUUGGUGUGUAUAGAUACGUGGAAAGUUUCAAUAGCAAAUGCACAAGGGAAUAUAAAACUACUGGUGUGUUAUUUUGAGAAGCAUAAGCUGUUUGAGAAUGAAAUCAUGACCAACAUGGAGAAAAUGCUUAAUAUAUUUCAUUUCUGCCUGAACCACAAGAGACUAUCAAAGUACUCUCUAGACUUAAUUAACGGAAUUGUAAGAUACCUGCCACUCAACUACUACAUCAACUUUCUAAAAUCAAUUAUAACUGUUCAUCUAACAUACAUUCACAACAACAAGAGUGGAGAGACACUGACUGACGUGGUCACAUCAAUCUCGUACAUAACACUCCAAUUACACCUGCAGAAGUAUGCACAUUCACUUGUGGAUAUUCUAGAAUCAAUACAAUCGGGAAUCAGCUCAAACUUUGUCCAGUUUAUAUACCUGCCAAACGCCAAGAAAGCAAGCUCGUUAGAGGCAAAGAAAGUACACGCAAUAGCUGUUUCUAAGAUCGCAACAUGUGACCAGAUGAAGGCGAAUUCAGAACUCUUUAGGUUAAUGAUGGAGUUUCUGGCAGAGCUAAUAUCAGGUGAAAACAUGACGCUGGACUCGCCAAAGGACGACCUGCUCAACAUAGGUAGUGUAAGUGAACUGGGCAGUCUGUGUAACAUGGAUAACAUAAAUUACGGAGAUUUCAACUUCGAUGUCAGUUAUGUCAAGCUCCACUCUGUAGAAGAAGAUAAGAACAAGUUACUGGAUAGAAGUUUAGGAGUUGAGGAGGUAAUCAGGGGAAUACUGACACCAGUUGGACCACUCAUCAAGGCAUCAGCAUCAAUGUCGAACAGCCUCAACGUACUAAUGCCAUUUAUCGCAUAA